UUUGUAUGGAGAUAUCUUAUUUAAGCUGUUGCUUUCCUUAAACGUUAAAAGAAUUUCGUUUAGAUAAAUUAAGAAACUGAAAUUUUCUGUCUAUCAAAGAAAAUGUAUUAUAUUGAAGUCUCGACAAGGAUUGCAACACGCCUCGAUUACGCGAACAAAUAUCUAUAUCCACCAAAACCAUAUUGUAUCUCCAAAGUUUCCAACAUAAUAUAUCUUCUUCGAUCCAGAGAGCUUCUCUCAGCCUAAAGUAGAGAGGAAACAUUAAACAUCUGAAUACUAUGGGCGAAGAAGACAAGAAAGUGACGAAGUGUUUCAGCUUCAAGAGAACAAAGAAGAAGAAGAAAGAAGAGGAGAAAUUGAUAGUAUCUACAGAAAUUGCAAAGAGAUGGAGAGAUCUGAGCGGUCAAAACCAUUGGAAUGGGAUGCUACAGCCGUUGGAUCAAGAUCUCCGGGAGUAUGUCAUACAUUAUGGAGAGAUGGCUCAGGCUGGUUAUGAUACUUUCAACAUAAAUACUGAAUCUAAAUUCGCCGGCGCCAGCAUUUACUCCAGAAAAGAUUUCUUUGCCAAGGUUGGUUUAGAGAAAGCGCAUCCGUAUACUAAGUACAAAGUGACCAGGUUUCUAUACGCAACAUCCCAGAUCCACGUGCCUGAGUCAUUCCUAUUGUUCCCGUUGUCACGUGAGGGAUGGACAAAGGAAUCGAACUGGAUGGGUUACGUAGCGGUGACAGACAACCAAGGCACUGCGGUUCUUGGCCGAAGAGAUAUAGUCGUCGCUUGGAGAGGUUCAGUGCAACCACUUGAAUGGGUCAAUGACUUCGAAUUCGGUUUAGUGAACGCCAAAAAUAUCUUCGGUGAGAAAAAUGAUCAAGUACAAAUCCAUCAAGGUUGGUACUCAAUCUACAUGUCUGAGGACGAACGAUCACCUUUUAAUAAGGCUAAUGCGCGUGAUCAGGUAUUGCGAGAGAUUGGGAGAUUGUUGGAGAAGUAUAAGGACGAAGAAGUUAGUAUAAGUAUCUGUGGUCAUAGUCUUGGAGCUGCACUCGCCACGCUCAAUGCCACGGAUAUAGUGGCUAAUGGUUAUAACCGACCAAAGAGCCGUCCUGACAAAUCUUGUCCAGUUACGGCCUUUGUCUUUGCUAGUCCUCGUGUUGGAGAUUCUGAUUACAGGAAACUCUUCUCCGGAUUGGAAGAUCUCCGAGUAUUACGGGUAAAGAAUCUACCGGACAUAGUUCCGAUCUAUCCACCAUUAGGCUACGCCGAAGUCGGAGAAGAGCUUUCAAUAGACACAAGAAAGUCGCAAUACAUGAAAUCUCCAGGAAACUUCGCGACGUUUCACUGCCUAGAAUCUUACUUGCAUGGCGUUGCGGGGACUCAAGGAACGAGCAAAAAUGACAUAUUCAGACUUGAUGUGAAAAGAGACAUUGGACUGGUCAACAAAUCAGUCGACGGGCUAACAGACGAAUGUAUGGUCCCAGGAAAUUGGAGGGUUCUUAAAAACAAAGGUAUGGUCCAGCAAGACGAUGGCUCUUGGGUUUUAUUGGACCAUGAGAUCGAUGAUAAUGAAGAUUUUGAAUUCUGAUUUAUUCAUUUGUUAUUUAUUUCUUUUUGGAUUUUUUUUUUUUUUUUUUACUAAAAUUUGGGAUGUUGAUGAGUGGAAAAAACUAUAUAUGUAUUUCAUCUUUUAAAUUUGUAUUUUUUUUGUUUGAAGACUUCGUAUGUAUAUAGCUCGAUGAUCAAAUCGCGUCAUAUAAUCAAACCGUCUACGACUAAAGCAAUAAUCAACGAUCCGUAACUUGUAAACCUAAAUAAGUUAAACAUGUUGGGUAGCAAUUAAUUGUCAGAGACUCAGAGUCACUCUAAAUUAAUUAUAUAAAAGAAGUACAGUUUUGAAAAGUUCUCUGUCAACUUGCACACCAUGUGUAGUCUCACACCGUCACACGUCCUGAAUUAAAUGAUAUAGAGAGAGGGGGCGAAGAUGCCAGAGAACAAAAUAGUUGACACAACUAGGUUUUAGGAUAUGUUUUUAUUUAUUACUAGGUCGUUAUUGAUUGAAAUAGUCAGGAUUAUCGUCGUGAUAUGUUUACCAAGUAAGCUUAUUAUACAUAUCAAUCUUUACUCGUCAACAUUGUAUAUCUUUCCAUAUACUUUUUUCUUCAGGAAAUUGAAGGUCUCAAUACUUCAAAGUACAUAUCUAUCAACGCAGAACCCUACAAAGAGUAAUAAAAAACCCCAUGACUGGUUCUUGAGAUUUUAAGGGUUGCGAAUCAUUUUUUUUCUUAAAUUAAUAAAAAAUUUUUUUAACAAUUUGGAGGCGAUGUAGCUUAUUCAUAUCAACUCUUUAAAAAUUGUGAACAAAGCUGAUAUUUAAUUUGGAUAUGCUCAAUACCAACCAUAUGUAGCCAGAUUAUGUUA